AUGAUGAAAAAAAAUCAGAAUAAUAAUGCGGGGAGUAUUUACAUGUACACAUUACUGGAUUUGUUGGUUCAUGACUCAAAAGGUGAUGAAUUUUUGAAAAUCAGGGCCCUCGGUCAAGAAUCUUCCUCGCCAGAAUUAAUGUCGUUUGAUUCAAAAAAAUUCAUAUUAGUUAAAAUUGGCCGAACUGUUCAACCAGUGGCAAAACGUAUCCAACAAUGGCAGAGACAAUGUAAUAAAAAUAUAACUCUAAUCAGUCCUGACAUUGUUAAGAAAGCUUCUCCUUCCUCAUUAUGGGCUUUGUUUUCCAAGCUCACUAUAGAGGAUCCUUAUUACAGCACGAAUAAAUUAAGUUUUAAUCCUAACAGGUUUCUUCCGAAUAUCAGAGGUCAUGGUAUGAUUAAUAAAACCACUUUUAAGUGUUUUAACGAGUGUGAUAACAGUUUCCAUUGCCGAAAUAAUUUAAGUAGGAUAGAAAAAGAAAUCCAUAAUCAGUUGAGAGAUAAAUUUGGAGCUUUUGGAAUGGAAUGUGAUAACUGCUCCUUGAAAAAAUCCAAAGUGUAUGACCUGAAUGGUGGAGAUAUAAUAGUGAGCAAACCAGUGACACACCGUGAGUGGUUUAGAAUACCUAAACAGCGAUUAAAUGAAGUUUUUUUGCAAAUUGAGUCCAUAUGUCAUAAUAUGGAGAGCCAAAUUUGGGAAAAUAAAAGCAUGAAAAUGACUUUAGUUCCAUUAGCUAAUUCUUCUCUUCCUUUAUAA